AUGAGACCAAGACGCGAAGAUACUUUCGUGCCAAGAACGGACCAGGUUGUCCCAGGGGCAUCUGUGCACAUCGUUUUGAAGCAAGACCAGCCAACAGGUCGAACCGUUCAGGGAACGGUGCAGACACUUUUGACCCGUGGCAACCACCCUCGAGGCAUCAAGGUACGCCUUUCAGAUGGCCGUGUCGGUCGUGUGCAGACCAUGGCAGAUGGAGCCGCCACUACAUCACAAGGAACAAGCAGCUUUGGCCAUGCUACCGGAUCGUCCAUAUUGGACAACACUGUUGGCAACAACGAGGACAACAUGCCUAAAGAGCAGAUUGGACUAGAUGCCUACAUCAUUCCAGCACGACCAAAGCAGAAAGGGCGUCGUGGAAACGCUGAGGACCAAGGCAUUAUCAUUCAAGGCGAGUCAGUCGAACCGAGCAACAAUAUGCAAACAGGAGGGAGGACCGAAUUGCCAUCGUCUUCUCCAUCGGUGACAUGUCCAGUCUGUGGUACAUUCGAAGGAGACGAGGCCGCUGUGUCUCAUCAUGUGGCGACGCAUUUUGACACGGAGCAAUGA